CCCACUCUCUCCCCUCAAUUUUAAACAGACCACAGAGAAUGAGAAGACGGGCAGGACAGAGUGACUAGAGAGAGAAAGGGGGAGAGAGCAAUACAGGAAGAGUGUGAGAGUUACAGGGAGAGCGAGAGAGAGAGAGAGAGAAAGGGGGGGAGCAUCCAGCGCUUACUCUCUCUGCUUUCAGCGAUAGGACAGAAACUACAGACCACUGCUACCGUCCCUCUUCAGCUGCAAGAAGAGCUUUGGCGCUGUUGAUUUAAUUUUUUUCUUGCUUUCUGCUUCUGCCUGAUUUGAGAGGCGGGACCGGGCUGUAGUAUCUGGAUAUAUUUGCUCAGCACUCUUCCUCCCGCUGGCCUUAGCUCUGAGUGGCUGAAUGCAUGAAGCUUUCUGUUUGUCAGUCGGGUGAUCUGAGUGGGAGACGCGGUGGGAUGCUGUGGGUGGGACGGUAGCUGUUCCGCUUGGAUUGCCUGCACGCACGGGACGGUCUCUUAAAACCCCGCUCUCAGGGCAGAAAGUCUGCUCUUAAAACACCUCGCUGGGCAGAAGGUUUGCCUGCACGCACAGGACGCUCUUUUAAAACCCCUAGCAGGGCAGAAGGUUUGCUGGGACGGUCCUGAAACCCGAAGGUGAACAGAAGCUGAGAGGCACCUACAGAGCAGCACCAUGGGUCCCUCCACGUUCAGAGGUUUCUCUGAUGUGCCCUGAAGUGCCUGCGCCCCGUGUCCUGGCCCCCCCUUGGUGCCCCCCCCCGCAGGAUGGAUCUGGCCCCCCCACGCCAGACGGAGCUGGACGAGCUGGACCUCCAGCCGGUGCCCGUCCUGUCCAUCGACCAAAUCCGGGCCAUCCGCGCCAGCAAUGACUACGUGGAGCGGCCCCUGGCCCUGGAGCCCGGCGCCCCGUCCGGCCUCUUCCUCGCCCAGGACGAGCGGCACGGCGAGCGGCACAGCGAGCGGCAGGGCGGGCACAUCCCACGCAGCCAGAGCCUCCACUACCACGCCCACCUGGCGCAGGUGAGCCACUCCAGCACCGUCAGCUCCCUGUCCCGCAGCAGCACCACCUCCGACCAGAGACUGCUGGGCCGGUCCCGGUCCAGCCUGCUGCCGGUGCGCAGCCAGCCCAAAGCCGAGCUCAAACCCGACGCGCUAGGCAAGCGGCUGGCCGAGGCGGGCCGCCCCGGCCGCCGCCCCAGCCGCCACCCGAGCCGCCACCUGCUGAUCUGCGAGCGGUGCGGCCGCUGCAAGUGCGCGGAGUGCGGGACGCCACGCAGCCUGCCGUCCCAUUGGCUGUGCCAGCAGCGCUGCCUGUGCUCUGCCGAGUCGGCCCUGGAGGGCGCCUCCUGCCUCUGCUGCGUCAAGGGCCUGUUCUACCACUGCUCCGCCGACGAUGAGGACGACUGCGCCGACCGGCCCUGCUCCUGCGGCCCGGCGCACCGCUGCUCCCGCUGGGCCGCCAUGGGCGCGCUGUCGCUGUGCCUGCCCUGCCUGUGCUGCUACCCGCCCGCCAAGCUGUGCCUGAGCGCGUGCCAGCGCGGGUACGACCGCGCCACCCGCCCGGGCUGCCGCUGCAGCAACACCAACACCGUCUGCCGCAAGAUCUCCGCCUCCAACCCCGCCCCCUUCCCCAAGUCCCUGGAGAAGCCCGUAUGACGGAGAGAGCCCUGCCACGCCCUGCCACGCCCGGCCACACCCUGUCCCGCCGCACCCUGCCAUGCCCCGCCCUCGUCCCAAAGCAGAAUCUCGCUCCACAUUUCCAGAGGAGGGACCAAAGCCUUUUUGAUGUCCAGACUGAUGCUGUCGCCCCCCCCGGCUGCCCCCCCCCCUCGUGCCCGCGCCAUUUCCCGGAAGCGAGGCUCCAUUAGAGUCUCCUUAUCUGGCCGGUUUAUUCUCCUGUUUCUGCGCAGCGAGCAGAAGGAUCAUCUUCCCCUGGAAGGAAAUAGAAUCAAACCCCACGUGAGCGCUCAGCGGGGCUGCUCUUCAUUUCAGCCAGGCAGGUGUGCUGGGGGAGCGGGGGGGGGGGGGGCGGGGAGGGGGCACAGGCUGUGCGCUGGUCACUCGCAGAGAACCCCCCCACGGAUCCCGAUAAAGCAGAGAAACGGGGCCUCAGAUUUGGGGAAGAGGCCAGUCCUGGAGGAAAAGCGGAUUGGGAGGUACAGUUUGACCCGCGCCAGUGUGAGCGGCGACAGGACAAAGCAGCGAGCGCCGCAGGAGAGGCGUCAGCCAACCGGAGGACUGCCGAAACCGGAUUGGCCGGGCCCCAGAGCUUCCUCGUAAAGGACCAAUGAGAGCGCGCGGCCUCGCCCGUCGCUGUGCGUGUGCCGUCGGGAGGGGCUGCUGCUCGGGUUUCUGCUCUCGCCAACCAGACGCCGCUUGCCCCCCCCGCCCCCCCGCUCACUCCCUCACUCACUCG